CGCCAACAUACGCUAUUCUCUCAAAAUAAUUUUGUUUUACUGUUGCCAUAUAAAAAGAAUGAGAGACUUAGGGCUAGUCACCCUAGCCGCCACCUCCCCCUCCCACACUGUUCGAAUCACUUCCUCUCCCCCACCGUCACUUCCGCUCCUUUCAAUAUGGUUUCCACGGGUGACCACUCUGGCUCCACCAGUGGGGGAGGUCCAGGAGAGUCCUCUAUUCCGUUUCAGGACUCUGCUCUUCCGCUGCCCUCCAUCCUGGAUUCUGCUGUCAUCAAUGAGAUCAAACUUCUCAAAACAUCUAUUCAAGGGUUGAACACCACCCUUGAGAACACUGAGUUUUUGAACCUAAACUCUACCAUUGAGGGGCUUAAAUCCUCCGUUCAAGGGCUGAACACCUUCAUUCAACCCUUGAAUGGAGGGGGGCAACAGCAGCGGCAACUUAACCGGAAUCGAUCCAGUCCUCGGUCCACAAGGUCUCUCUUAUUUGGUCCGGAUCUAAUCGGGUCCAGUCUGGGUUUGUUCCGAACACUAUUGAAAGGAAAGGAUUGUGUUAGAGAUCAAAAUCCCUCGAAGGCAAUUGUUUAUUAGAUCUAAUACGGAGUAUUAUUAUACUGCGACUGAUAAAGAAGAAAUAUAGACUUUAAAAAUUGGCAUUAAAAGCAUGCAACCUCAAAAUCAAUUAACCUAAACACGAUAACUGCAUAUUAAUUAAGCUAAACAUGGAAAUGUCCAGAUCCAACAAGUCAACAACAAUAAAAAACAAAUUGACAACCCAUAACAAAAAUUGUAAAUCCUU